UUCAAGUUCAUGGGCCACAAAAUGCUACAUUUCGUAGAGAAUUUGUAGUGCAUACAAACUGUGAUUUGGCCCACGCAAGCAAUUUUCGGCCUAUAUGCUGGCCUGCAACCAAUUUUAGUUCAAGUCAUAAGAAUUACGCGAGCAGCCGAGUGCGACGACCGUGUACAUGUACUGUACAGAGUGAAGGGAUGGCUGAUUGUGGAAGAGCUUCGUGAGUCGACUUGAGUUGCAUCAACUACAGUGCACGCAAAAUGUACAUGUACAUGUACAUGUACACGUACAUGAACGUGCCCUGCAGUCGAUUUCCUCUGCAAUCCGCUUCGUAUCAGGCCAGCGUAGGCUGGGAGAGGUCAAGUAUACCGUCCUGGCCGGAGCCACUCACUGACCUCUACACUGCGCCACUGAGCCGGGCUCAACCUUGGUCAUCCGUCGUCGUUUGUCCGCGCAGAUAUGAAUAAACACACGGGUUCAAAUAUUUAUUGAUGCGAUUAAUGUCCUCAACAGCCGAAGUACCACGCACAAAUUUUAGUUCACAUUUUUCCAGCCACUGUCAAUGGGGCUUACAGCAUACGCAUAAUGUACACUGCACAGAGUCUAUCAUUAACCAUGGAGGAAGGAAAGGGUUACUCCAUUCUUUAACACAGAGCAUUAAUUGCUCCGUGCUCGCUCUGAUUUAUGCCGGAGAGGAUUAAGUUGUACAUGUUUAAUUUAUAAAGGCAACCGUGGGACGUGACCACAGAGGUAUGUACACUGUACAUGUAUGCGCUGCUAAAGUGCUCGUCGCUGUCACGGUGUUUGUUGUGUAACCGUACGUGUUCCCGUGUGGUGAAACUCAGAGUGUACAUGUAUUUCCUGUGUUAUGGCUAUAGAUGUAACUUGUUUGCAAAUAUUUUUGGUCCGGAGACGCGGUCACGUAAUCGAAGAAGCCCUCUACAUUUUCCUACUGUUGUACACAACCCACGAGUGCCACGUGUACACACCUUGGCACUGUGCCAUGCGUGUAAAUUUUCUGUGACGAUUGCUUGUGUCUCGUGCGUGUUCGUCAGUAAGUAUAGUGUGCAUGAACACAGAGCACUCAGAAUGCCGGGACGUCAGUAUACUGGCGGUCGUUCUACUCUGCGGGAAUUCCUGUCGUCGCCUUGUGCGCUGCACAUGGGCACAAAAUAGGCCCAUACAGGUGUUAGCGGUUGAAUUCAUGGCAAACCGUAGGGCCUUUUUCGACUUGAUUUUUUGCCUUCGUUCCGUAAAUUGAAGAGGAAGUUCACAACAUGAUACUUAAAUGUUUUUAUGCAAGUUAAGCUUUGUGCAGUGCCGAACGUUUUUGACCCAUAUACGUCACGGGCUUUUCUCAGUUUCGUCUCAUUCACAAAAGAAUAAUUUGCGAAGUGCAAUGAAGGAAAACCUAAGAGGAAAUAAGUCCUGGUGUAAAAUGAGGUCGGCCAAUAACUGCUAAUAACAUUGUUUAGGAAAUAAAAGGAAACUCGUUGAAGCUUAUUGGCGACCGCUGUGGUUUAGUGGCGAUCACUGUGAAAAAACAAACUGACAGAAGAGCAGUGGACAGGUCAACAUCAUCGUGUUGCGUGUGGGAAAAUGAGGAAGGUGAGUCAGUAAAUGUUGUAAUCCUUGUGUGCUAAACGGGGGGUUUACCGUCAAUCGAACACCAUAAUAAAGCACCCAAUGAAAAAUGCAGCGUCAUCAGUACAGAAAGCAUAUUAGGCCUACUGCUGGCCAGACCUGCAGAUGCACCGUCACCAUGGUUAGGUUGUGGCUUUGGGUCUGUAGUGUUCGGCCAAGCAACAGUUUUGCUAUGUUUGAUACUCAGGGACGUCAUACAUGACUAAAGAGAUCUGGACCCGUCAUCACUAAACAGCCUGCAGAGGUCAUUGAAGCCACCAUCUUACCUUGCCGAAUACAAAGUCAGUUUGAAGCCCCUGAUCAUCUGGUCAAACGAUGGCGUUAAAACGGAGGUCGUAUAGCAGGCCUUCUGGGACUUCGAACGCGGAGGAUCCACCCGCCGAGGCAGGAGUCGACCGCGGUUGGGCGUGGAUAGUGUGCUUGGGUUCACACUUAGCCCAAUUGCUAACUACCGGCUAUCUGAGCGCUCUCGGUGUUUUGUACAUCGAAUGGAAGGAGUACUUCGACGCCACGGCAACAGCCAGUAGCUGGCUCCUUAGUCUACCUUGGCUAGUCUCUUCCCCCUGUAGUCCCAUCGUUGGUGCUCUGUCCCCACGUCUUGGCAUCCGUCGAGUGGCCAUGGUCGGUGGCAUGUUGACUGCACUGUCGACCAUUCUGGGAUCGUUAUCUAAAGAGAUGUGGCAGCUGUACCUUUGCAGCGUAUUGUCAGGUGUAGGCUUGUCGAUGACUGUGACACCUGUGAACGUUGUGCUUACACAGUACUUCAAGAAACGCUACGCUUUGGCCAACGGUUUAGGCAUUCUUGGUGUCAAUGUUGGUCAGAUGGCUUUCCCUCCGCUAUUCCGCGUCCUGAUCGCCAACUUUGGAUGGCAAGGCGCCAUGUUCAUCGUUGGAGCCAUUCAAAUGAAUUCAGUUGUAGCGAGCGCCCUCUUUCGGCCCCUGAAAGCCAAGCCCAGCACACGUCGGCUUACAAACCUUGAGAUGGAAGUGAUGGAUACUGAGAGAACUGUGGAAACACAUCACUCGAGUGGCUUCCAUGAGAAUUUCGUCACCGUCAUUAAACUUUUUACUAACGCCCUGUAUGUGAUGAGUUUAGUAGGAGCCUUCUUCUUUGCUAUGGCGUGGAUUAUCAAUGCGAAUCACCUUCCAUCGCGGGCCAAAGAAGCUGGCUGGUCUGAAGACCAAGGCGCCAUGCUACUGACCGUCUUCGCUGUCUUUGGCAUUCUCACAAGGAUGACACACGGCUGGUUCGUGGAUAGAGGAUACAUCGGCAGUUUCCAGCUCCAGUUCGGUUGCAUUGCAGGUUCUGCACUGGCGACCUUCCUGAAUCCGGUAUCGGACGGUUACGGCUUUCUUGUCAGCUGCUCAGUUCUGCUAGGCGCUUUCACGGGAAUCGGAGCGCCUCUCAUCAUUGUCAUCGUCAAGAGCCUAGUCUGCGAAGCACAAAUUCCAUCAGCUUUGAGCUGGUUGUUUGCGGUGUUCUUCAUCGCUCUUGGGACCGGCUCGUUAGUUGCAGGUAAACUCUACGAUGCGACCGGCAACUAUACCGCAACCUUCCUAUCAGCUGGUGCCAUCUUUGUAGCAUCGCUGGUCUUAUUUGUUCUCGUGUUCGUCUUGAAACGACGGCAAAGAGACCCUGCCGCCGGAGUGCCAGAUAAAGUACAACAUUCACGUUGUCGACAGCAUGAGGCGCCUUGCACAACCACUCACUCUGACGUUGAAAGUCAAUAACAUACCUCCGUGGGGUGGUGUCCCACAGACGAUGAAUGUCACAGCUCUGGACAAGAAAGGCUCUUUUGUUGAUGAUGAUUAACUGGACUUCCUGUCUUCGUAAAAACCGUUUACCUAUUCCUGUAAAUUUUGUUCGACAUCUCAGGUAUUCCUGGUUCCAAGACGUCCUGAGCGGUGCCGUUGAGUCAGGUUCAUACAUGCAUGUGCUGUUGCUCUUUACAAAGGCUAUACCCUCCCGCUAAGAACGGUGUUACGCCAGUAUUACAUGUACAUCGAUCUCGGGUCAAAGUGCAGUGUGGCUAACGCAUGCUUAACCCGCAAAGGGAGAUUUAAACAAAUUCUGUGCCAACUGGUAGAGUUGAACGCGUGGUGUACGACAGAACAAGAGGUGCCAUUAGGUUGAUAAUCUCCGGCACUUUCUGGUUGCCAGGGGCAUUACACAUAAUGUGCGCUUGAAAUAUAUCAAGAAGACUUGUUGAUCUAUAGUUUAAUAAAAUUGAGGCCAGUGAACAUAUUUGUUGGUGAAUAAAGAGGCUUCAGAUUUAUAAUUUUGUCCCCUUUAAAUUUUGGUAGAUUAAUUAAAAAUUCCUCAAUAUAUUUUCAAAAAUAUAGAUAAUUUCAUAAGCUUACCGUUAUUAUAUCAUGGAAUUGAAAUCCAUAAUGACGUUACCAAUGAUCAAUAGAAUUUUCGACCCCUCCACAUCUCAUAUACAUGUACCUGUCUUGUUAGUGACAGUUUACACACAGUGUGGUGACCAUAUAAACCAGGCUUUAAAUCGGAAAAUGCAACACCGUGCAGACUUAAAAAUUCUGGUGUGACUUCACUCUGUUAAGCCCAUCCAAAUGUGCACCCCUUUUAGAACAAUAAGUCAUUAUCGUCUGUCACUCACCUUCAAAUUCACUUCCAUGCAUGUAGCAACCAGGUGUGGGCAUUUCUCCUGAACUUCAUAGGGCCUGCUUAUACGCAAAUGCGCGCAGAAUAAUGGCCUAGCGGCCAAAACCAUUAACGCCUCGUUGAAAUGUACGGGACCAUACAAACUUCAAUAUCAUUGUCAGAGACGUAAAUCUGCGCCGGGGACUGGGGUACGGGGAAAAUGGAUGACGUAGAUCAAAACAAUUGCCCAGCCAUGGAAAUUUGAAUAGUGGGUUGGGGAAUGCUGACACCAAAUGACCGUAGGGGGCGUUACUUGUGCGCACCUCUGAUGAUACCGGUACAUCCCUGAAACUUACAUCAAACUUUACAGCGUAUUCACAGUUUUUUUGUCGCUUCUUCAGUAGGCUAUUGAAUUCAUUGUUGGGAAGUCCGAAAAAAGUCCGCCUUCAUGUUUUUUUCUCACUACAAAUCACCCCGAUCAAAAGUGGGGGACAUAUACCACCACCCUCCCGGGAUUAACGCACCUGAUUAUCCUCACUCAAUUUCUCUGGAACUUUUCAUUUUUUUUUCUCCUAGAAAUCCUCUAAAAUAAUCAAAGUUAUUGAUGCUAGAAGGGUUUGGGGUAUACAAAAUAAAGCCUGACAUGGAGGAAUUUUCAAACUGA